GCACUGACGAAAUUUUGCGGUAUAAACAACUUGCGUCAUUGUUGGUCGGGAAACGGCAAAAAUCUUCAAAGAGAGAGUCUCUAGAACUAGGAGGGUCGUGUGUAGUUCAAUGCUGCAAAACCGACAUGUGUAAUGUAGACUGUAAUGGGACGUCUUCAAGUCAUACCAGUUCUCUGGUCCCAGGUUCAAGCAUGCAGCCAUCAGCAACAAGAGAUCCUGUACCAUAUUCAACGACUGUGUCAGUAUAUAAAACAACACCAACAACAAAGAUGAGUAGUGUUGCUCUUUCAACCACUACAACAGCAUACAGAACUCCGCUGCCAGUGAAAAGUACAACGGUUUACAAUACACCUCAACCACCAACCAUUACAACAGCAUACAGAACUUCACUGCCAGUGAGAAGUACAACGGUUUACAAUACACCUCAACCACCAACCAUUACAACAGCGUACAGAACUCCACUGCCAGUGAAAAGUACAACGGUUUACAAUACACCUCAACCACCAACCAUUACAACAGCGUACGGAACUCCACUGCCAGUGAAAAGUACAACGGUUUACAAUACACCUCAACCACCAACCAUUACAACAGCAUACAGAACUCCACUGCCAGUGAAAAGUACAACGGUUUACAAUACUCCUCAACCACCAACCACUACAACAGCGUACGGAACUCCACUGCCAGUGAAAAGUACAACGGUUUACAAUACACCUCAACCACCAACCAUUACAACAGCAUACAGAACUCCGCUACCAGUGAAAAGUACAACGAUUUACAAUACUCCUCAACCACCAACCACUACAACAGCGUACGGAACUCCACUGCCAGUGAAAAGUACAACGGUUUACAAUACACCUCAACCACCAACCAUUACAACAGCAUACAGAACUCCGCUACCAGUAAAAAGUACAACGAUUUACAAUACUCCUCAACCACCAACCACUACAACAGCGUACGGAACUCCACUGCCAGUGAAAAGUACAACGGUUUACAAUACACCUCAACCACCAACCAUUACAACAGCGUACGGAACUCUGCUGCAAGUGAAAAGUACAACGGUUUACAAUACACCUCAACCACCAACCAUUACAACAGCAUACAGAACUUCACUGCCAGUGAGAAGUACAACGGUUUACAAUACACCUGAACCACCAACCAUUACAACAGCGUACAGAACUUCACUGCCAGUGAGAAGUACAACGGUUUACAAUACUCCUCAACCACCAACCACUACAACAGCGUACAGAACUCCACUGCCAGUGAGAAGUACAACGGUUUACAAUACUCCUCAACCACCAACCACUACAACAGCAUACAGAACUCCACUGCCAGUGAAAAGUACAACGGUUUACAAUACUCCUCAACCACCAACCACUGCAACAGCAUACAGAACUCCACUGCCAGUGAAAAGUACAACGGUUUACAAUACUCCUCAACCACCAUUCACUACAGCUUCAUGGGUAUAUAUAACACCAUCCCAACCUACGUUAUCGACGAUGUUUUCAACAAAUUCUGCUAGUUUCUGUUUAUACAAAAGCAAACUUUACCAGCAGGACGAUGUUUGGCAAGAUGGCUGCGGAAUGAACUGUACAUGUGUGGAUGCCGGAACAGCAUCAUAUAAAUGUCAAGAACUAUGCCCUACAUACACCAACCUGCCUAUUGGCUGCACACUUCAGAAGAUACCUGGGGAAUGCUGCUCUGUACCAACCUGUGGAACGCAAGGUAGUGCUAAACAUUUUAUUCUAGGAAAUUCAAACCGGUUAGCUCAGUAG